GUGGCGGCCUGUCACUGUCCAAUGGAGCCUGGAACUGCCGGUGACAACGGAGACCGAAUCAAGCAGGUUAAAUCAAUGGACUCCAAAGGGCCAUAUGUUGAGAAGAGAGGACCGUAUUUGAUGAGUAAAGGGCCUUCGAUUCAAGCCAAACUGCAGAGGCAGCGUGAUCUGGCACGGGCAGCAUUGCGUAAGAAGGGCAUGCUAGGAGUACCUGGAAAAGGGAAGGCUGAAACCAAAAGGACAGUAAAGUUUAAUAAAGGAUAUGCAGCUCUCAGCCAGGCUUUUGAUGAGACCCUUGUGUCCCUGGAUUCAGACAGUGAUGCAGAACUGGAAUCAAAAUGCUCCUCUGGAUAUUCUUCAGCAGAGCAGGUUUCCCAGGACCUUAGUAGACAACUGUUACAGGAUGGGUAUCGCCUGGAUGAGAUUCCAGAUGAUGAGGACCUGGAUUUAAUUCCUCCAAAGCCUAUGCGUUCUGUAUCAUGCCCUUGCUGUCUAGGAGAGACCUCGUCCUGUAGCAUCCAGUGAUGAAGGUGGAGGGGCUUGCACUGCUCUGAUCCUGCCGAUAACCUUCAUUGCAUAUGUUGAAGAGGUAGCCUGCGUGUGAGGGUAUAUAUGAUGAUGACCAGAUGUACCUCCUAUGGAACAUGGCUGUCCUCAUCAUGUAUGACAAGACACCAAAGAAGAUCUCAAAGUUACUGAGAACUCCUGGUUUUUCUCCAGGUUUCCAUGUUGUAUACUAUGACUUGAAGGAAAAUGUUAAUCAAUGUGUCCGCAGCUGCUUUUGUGCGAGGACACAGAGACUUGGACACUAAUGUUAAAGGGUUAUGUAUGUUUCAUUGUAUAUAGAAAAGUGUGAUCACAGAACCUGCUGGGAAGGUCUCUUGUGACAUAAAGUGGAAGGAGGUCUGUGCGUGUCUGUUUACAAUCGCACACAAUCUAUGCCUAACUUUAGAAGCUGGCAUAAUUUUGCAAGUAUCUAUUGUAUUGCACAAGUGGGUCAGGUAAAGGGAACAACUUUCAAUAGAUUGGGCUGCAUAUCAAUUCCGAGACCUUACUAAUUGUUACAGGUUAUAGUGAAGCCAUCUUUUCAAACUGAAAAAAUAGGCUUUUUAGUUCUACAUAUUAUUUUGAUAAAUUAAAAGAUACUGCUUUA